AUGUACUUCUUUCUUUCUUUCUUUCUUUCUUUAUUUAGCCCAACAUCUACUUCGUUCUUUCUUUCUUUCUUUCUUUCUUUCUUUUUUUCUUUCUUUCUUUCUUUCUUUAUUCAACAUGUACUUCUUUCUUUUCUUUCUUUCUUUUCUUUAUUUAUUUAUUUAGCCCAACAUCUACUUCGUUCUUUCUUUCUUUCUUUCUUUCUUUCUUUCUUUCUUUCUUUCUUUCUUUCUUUCUUUAGCCCAACAUCCCAACAUCUACUUCGUUCUUUCUUUCUUUCUUUUUCUUUCUUUCUUUCUUUUUUUUUUUCUUUCUUUCUUUCUUUCUUUAGCCCAACAUGUACUUCUUUUUUCUUUCUUUCUUUCUUUCUUUCUUUCUUUCUUUCUUUCUUUCUUUCUUUCUUUAGAUCAACAUGUUCUUCUUUCUUUCUUUUUACACAUUUUUCUUUCUUUCUUUUUUCUCGCAUUAAUCCCUUUCUUUCUUUCUUUCUUUCUUUCUUUCUUUCUUUCUUUCUUUCUUUCUUUCUUUCUUCAGGCCAACCUAUACUUCUUUCUUUCUUUUUACACAUCUUUCCCCCUUCUUUCUUUCUUUCUUUCUUUCUUUCUUUCUUUCUACUAACAUAUCAUCCUUUCUUUCUUUUUACAUAUUAUUUCUUUCUUUCUUUGAGAUUAUAA